AUGCAUGCAUGUGGUAUCAAUGUACCAGACCUUAUCCAGAAGCUCUUCCGUGGCACGCUCGAUUGCGAUACGAAGAAUGGGGAUAACAAAGCAUCUUGGGAUUGGGCUGUCCUAGUCGGGGAUGUCUGGAAGACGCAUGGCGAAGCUGUUGCGACCGCGCGCCAGUACCUCCCAGGAUCCUUUGGACGUCCACCGCGCAAUCCUGCGGAGAAGAUCUCCAGUGGGUACAAGUGCUGGGAAUUUCUCCACUGGAUGUAUGGCAUGCUCCCUGCCCUACUUUACGGUGUACUACCCGAGGCCUACUGGAAACAUUUCUGCAAGCUCGUUGCAGGUGUCCGGAUUGUUUUUCAGCGACGGACAAUGCGUGCAGAGCGCGAGUACGCGCACACGAUGAUUAGUGACUUCAUCUACGAAUUUGAAAAGCUGUACGUCCAGCGCAAGAUCUCACGUAUGCACUUCUUGCCACAGUGUCUGCAUGCCAUCCUCCAUCAUCCUACCGAAUUCGAACGCAUUGGGCCACUCAUAUGUUCAUCUCAGUUCACGAUGGAAAGGACUAUAGGCGAUCUCGGCGGCGAGAUACGACAACCUUCAAAUGUGUUCGCUAACCUCGCACAGCGUGCUCUGCGACGCGCUCAAGUCAACGGACUGAAGGCCAUGUUCCCGGACCUCGAUCCUGACGAACACGGUCCUUCUAACCGUGUUCCUAUCUGUGAUCUAGGUGGUGGAUAUAGCUUGCUACAUCCACGCGAAGAUCACCCUCGCCUAGUUCGCCAAUGUGAAGCUCGUGCGAUCAUGCAAUACCUUCGCCGCUACACGGUGGUCGAGAACCUGGACGAAGACGAAGAUGAAGUUCAUGUCCAGCGGUGGGCUCGCUGCCGUAUUCCGAAUGGUCAAAUCUGCCGUAGUUCUUGGAAGGAGGUCCCGAACCAUGUCACACGAAUCUCGCGGAAUGUAAAGGUAGCCUCUAGUAAUCAUUCUAUCAGCUAUGGCGAAGUACUGUAUUAUUUCCAGGUCAAGACAGUCGAUGUGCGCUGCAAAACACUUGCUCUUGUUGCUCAAUAUGGAUCACCAAAUCGUCGCUUACUCGAGAUGUCCUCUGGGGUUGUAUGGGCCUGCCAUGCGGGAGGUGAUAAUGCACUUACAGUCAUUGAUGUCAAGAACAUCAUAGCAUGUUCAGCGAUGAUACCAUUCUCGCCACCAGGCUUCGAUGUUUCUGACACAAACAAGGUAUAUUUUGCAAUGGACAAGAUGGGCGUGGAGAUGGAUGUACUGGGUGGUCUUAGCAGCACUGACACAUAUAAUAUGGACGAAGAUGAGGAUAUGUAG